AUGGGACGAUUCCGAUUUUUCCUCAUUGUAUUUAUUGUUCAAUUUGUUUACUACUGGAUACCGGGCUAUUUCAUGCCCAUACUAACGUCGUUUUCAAUAAUAUGUUUUAUAAAUGACAAUAAUAUUGUACUUGGCCAAUUAACCGGAUUCUACGGUCUGGGUAUUGGAGCGCUGCAGCUUGACUGGCAAUCGGUAACGGCAUUUUUACAAUCACCGAUUCUGUACCCGUGGUGGGCUCUACUCAAUGUUCUUGUUGGUUUCAUUGGUAUAUACUGGAUAAUUGUUCCGAUAUUGUAUUAUACACAUGCUGAUGCAAAACUAUUACCUAUAUUUUCGGGAGACUCAUAUGCUAAAGAUGGUACUCUAUACAACUAUUCACUAAUCACAGAUGACGGUGUUCGUCUAAACCAAACAGCUUAUGAGCAGUAUGGUGAUGCUGUGUUGACACCAACAUUUGAAGUAACUUUUUGUAUUCAGGUUGCAGUUAUAACAGCAAUUAUUGUUCAUGUCAUCUUGUAUCAUGGUAAGUUUAUCUUAAAACAAUUCAAUAUGUCAGUUUAUGAAGCAACAAAUGAUGUCCACGGUUCAUUAAUGGCAAAACUGGCAAAAGAAGUACCCGAGUAUUGGUAUACAUUACUAUUUCUGAGCUUAUUUGUUUGUUCUGCAAUUGUGUGUGAACUAGCAGCAUUGAUGCCAUGGUAUUAUCUUUUUGUAAUUAUAUCAAUUGAUUUCGUUCUCUUACUGCCUAGUGGCAUUAUAAAAGCUAUAACAAAUCAAGAUAUAGAUUUAGAUUUGUUAAUGUCACUUUUGGGUGGACUUGUAUUGAAAGGCAACGCUGUAGCUAAUAUGACAUUUCGAACAUACGGUUACACAGCUCAACGUCGUUCAUUAACAUUUAUAGGUUGUUUAAAGCUCGGUCAUUAUAUGAAAAUCCCUCCACGUGUUAUGUUCACUAUGUUGGUUGUUAGUACUUUAAUUGGUUCCACAAUGAGUUACGUAGCAGCGUAUAUUAUUAUAAACUAUUUCAAGGGUCUUUGUUCCAAUAACAAUUGGUUGUGCCCGAAAGUGCGUGUAUUUAAAGAAAUAUCUCACUAUUUGGGCACUAUAGGCACAGCUAAUUUCCUUCAUGCACACUCAGUUACACCGUAUUUCUUUCUGGUCGGAGCACUGUGUCCGAUUCCAGCGUGGCUAUUACAUAAAAGAUUUCCUAAAGUUCGAUGGUUGAAAUAUGUGCAUUUUCCAGUUAUGCUCGCAUCCUUAUCACAAAUACCACCUAUACAUACAGCUACAUAUCCAACGUGGAUAUUUAUCGGUUUUAUCUUCAAUUAUGUUAUACAAAAGCGUGCUCCUGACUGGUGGAAUAAAUAUGCUUAUAUAUUUUCAGCAGCAAUGAGCGCUGGUGUUGGUGCGGCACUUAUUUUCGUUGCAUUUCUCCCGGCAUUUCCAGUGCACUGGUGGGGAAAUGCUCAAAACGAAGUCGAGGGCGAUGGGUGUAAAUAUUCAACUGCUAAUUAUUAUGGCGUUGAGCCAUCAAUACCGAGACCGCGCAUGGAAAUUUUAGAAGAUAAAUUUGAACUAUAUCUUGACUAUCACCUAAUUACACAAACAGCAUCGUCUGAAACAGCCUUGGCUUUAUUGUUGUCGUUAUAUAACAUCUUUGAAAUAAGAUUCACACAUAAUAAUCGUUGUGCACAUACGCUGUACGGUAUUAUCUUUGCAGAUGGAAAUGAGUUGGGAAAGGGUUUGCGUACAAUAUUGGCAUCUUGGGACUACAGAAUCAAAAACCGGUCGACGAUUCAACGGACAAUACCUACCACAACAACAAAUAAUGGUAGGGUCUACACACAGAUAGUUCCAUCGAUCAAACCAGCAACCUCAACAAUAACUGAUAGUCAUACAAAUAGUUUUGAGGACGACGACGAUGACUUAAUCCAAAGUUCAGGAAUAACUACUAUUCAACUUCAAAAACAAUUUUCAGAAGCAACGGCAAUGCGAACUGAACAACUGAAACCUGACGACACGAUACUAAAAUCCACACUAGCAGUCGCAACGAGCGUUCGAAAGGAAAAUGAACCUCAUACUAAGUCGUCAUUAACAAUAGAAGCAGUGGUCUAUUCAUCAUCAACAACAGAAAAUCAAAAAGAAGAAUCUGAACGUCCAUUAUCCUCAGCCACUGUAUCAAGUGAACAAGUAGAAUUACAGCAAAAACAAAUGUUAAGAGCAGUAUGCUUAACGGAUAUAACAAACAUUGGAGUUAAUACUAGAAAACGUCCAAAAAGAUCGACCCGUCUACAAGUCAAACGAGUUCGAAGACGAUAA